AUUUCCGCCUAAUUAAACAAAAUUAAACCAUAAUCAGAUUUAUUUACUAUUUUCCACCCAAAAUAAAACAGCACAAUUCAGCUCCGGUGACUUGUCAACUGAAUCUUCUUUCUUUGCUCAGUCCAACCUUUCGCCGGCAUAUCUAUUUUCCAAAUCUCCGAUCAAUGGAAGACGACGGCGGAAGACGUACCAUUCUAGGGCAAGGUGGUGAUCGUGUAAAGCUCAACGUCGGCGGUAAGCUCUUUGAAACCACAGUAUCAACACUUCGUUCCGGUGGACCAGAUUCUCUUUUAUCCGUCCUAUCGAAUCGGAAUUCCGACGACCCGGUUUUCAUCGACCGGGACCCAGAAAUCUUCUCGGCUCUUUUAGCUCUUCUCCGGUCUAAUCGUCUCCCUUCAACAGCAAAACGUUUCUCCAAUCAAGAGCUUAUCGAUGAAGCUGUUUAUUACGGAAUUGAAUCACAACUCAGAUCUGCACUCGCCCCGAGUCAACUCAGUGGAAUCGACGCGUCACUUUUCUCAACCAUUCGUCCUUCCUCUGAUGGCGUUGUAACGGACUUCAAUGCUGUAGACUCUGAUGGCUCCGUUUGGCUUGCUCACGGCGGGCAGGUUUCCGUUUAUGAUUGGAGUUUGACACAUACCGAAACUAUUAGGACACACCUUGAUUACAUAAGCUCCAUUAGGAAGGUUGGACCCGAUUUGGCUGGUGUUGCUUCUGAAUUCGAAUCCGGGCUCCAUUUUUAUAACUUGGCUAAUGGACGUAGAGUUGGCUCUGUGGAAUGGACCGACCCGUCUGACCCGAGAAUCUACAAGGCCCAAGUACACGCUGUUGUUGACUCGCCGGACUCUGUUUUUGCUGCCUUCGAGUGUCAACAUAGAGAAAAUUGUGUUCUGAGUAUUGAUAAGUCUACGAUGAAAGCGAUUUCGGAGUUGGGAAGACAAUCUGGUAAUUCGGCAAAGUCAACUGUUGUUGGAAAGUUGACAUUUUUGCCGGAGAUUAAUGCGCUAGUCGGUGUUUCAGUUACUGCCGGAGCUUUUGGGUAUGCCGGUUACGUGCGGUUGUGGGACUCCAGGUCCGGAGACGUUGUGUGGGAGACGAAUGAGCCGGGUUCAGGUCGGAGCAGUCGGUUCGGGGACUCGUUUGCUGAUGUUGACUUUGACAGGGGGGAUUUGACUAUGUUCAAGAUAUGUUCAAAAUCAGGUGAUUUGGCUGUGGCAGACCUACGUAAAUUAAGUGAAGAUCCAUGGGUUUAUCUGGAAGAGAAAAAUCCAUGCAUGAGGCAUGCAGGUGGUGGAACUAGUAGCUUGAUUCACUGUUAUAGACAGCAGGUGUUUGUGGGAAGAGGAGGAGGGUUGGAAGUGUGGUCGAGAAUGGUCGAGAAGGGAAGUGAUGUUGAGAGGGAAAGGGUGUUGCAUGAAGGAUUGUAUAGGAGGAAUUAUAUGGAUAAAGUGGAGGAUGCUGGAAGAGGGAUCAUAAAGAAGAUUGAGGGAGCUGGAGAUAGACUGUUUGUUACUAGAGAAGAUGCUGAGGGGAUUGAAGUGUGGCAAAGUUCUCAGUUUUCCGGUGCUGUUUUAAAUUUGUGAUCGUGUGGAGCUGUGAGCUUUGUAUGAGCUUACAUUGCCUGUUUCAUGUCCUAACAGAGAAGAGGGUUGCAAUCAAUUGAUGAUUAGAGUAAAACUACGAGCCGACCGAACUAGUUUGAGAUUGAGCAUAUUUGUUGUAGUAUCUUUUUGAGCUGUCUGCUGCGGUUUGCAAUGGUCAUCAAUGGGAAGUUGGUCGACGGUCAGAGUAAAGUUAGAAUCCACCCCGAACUAGUUUGAGAUUGAGCAUAGUUGUUGUUGUAUAUAUUUUAGCUGUCCAACUACAGCUUGCAAUGGUCAUCAAUGAAAUGAAUUGUGUAUUUGGUGAUUACUUUUGGAUGUCAAGUUGAUCAAUCAAGGAACAAUGUGCAAAGGUUGAUAUGACCAUGACGAAUACCUGAAAUCAGAUUCUUGUUGAUCCAUUAUGGACACGAUGUUGAUCAAUCAAGAACAUUGUAGACAGGUGUUAUGCCAUCAUGUAAUGAAAUGAAAUUGGUUUAUUGGUGAAUUUGGGCAUCCCUGUUAUCAAGAAAGAAUGGCAUCCAAGCGUGCAUAAUUAUUUGUAUCAGAGGUUCAAGGACUAAGGCCUUUGCAAUUAGUUCUUGUUAGAGUCGAAGAAGAAAAGAAGUUGCUCACUGAUGGAGUUGAAUGAUCCCAAGUCAGUAAUAUUCUUGAAGGUCACAUUGCAUACCAAGCAGAACAGCUGGGCUGCAAGCUUGGAGAUCUGUAGGGUUUGGUAACCUCAUUAUUUUUUGUCAUGUUAGUACAUUUACCUCAGGUCCUAUGGUUUUCUAGGAAUCCUUUAGUGAGAGAAAAUAGUGAGAAUUUAGUACUUGUAUUUUUGGUCAAUAUUGGUCCAAGAUGAGCUUAAAUGGAGCAACAUGGUCCGUGAGGAUUUACAUCGCUGACCCCAACUUGCUUGGCCGUGAGGCGUUGUUGUAAAUUGGUUUGUGAAAAUUUCCAUCGGAGGGUGAGAUGCGUGCUAUUUCCAAAUGCUAAAUGAAACAAAGCACGUCGGUAAACACUUGUAGUAAUGCUCCAUUGGCCAUCCUUGUUGUUUCAUUUCUUGUUAUAUGUUAGUUAUGUAGGACAACUUUUCUUGAUAUUUAUUAAUCUGCU